AUGAGAAACCACACAGAAGUAACAAAGUUUAUCCUCCUGGGCCUGUCAGAUGAUCCCAGGCUCCAGGUGGUAAUAUUCAUCUUUCUCUUCCUCACCUACAUGCUCAGCAUCACUGGGAACCUGACCAUCAUCACCCUUACUCUGCUGGAUCCCCAUCUUCAGACUCCCAUGUAUUUCUUCCUCAGGAAUUUCUCCCUAUUAGAAGUUUCAUUCACAACCGUCAGUAUACCCAAGUUCCUAGGUACCAUUAUUUCAGGAGAUAAAACCAUUUCCUUUAAUGGCUGCAUUGCUCAGUUAUUUUUUCUCAUUCUCUUGGGAGUCACUGAAUUUUACCUUCUGGCUGCCAUGUCCUAUGAUCGAUACAUUGCUAUCUGCAAGCCUCUGCACUACAUGACCAUCAUGAAUCGAAAAGUCUGCACAAUGCUUGUCUUUGCUUCCUGGAUGGCCUCAUUUUUAAUCAUCUUCCCUACUCUCAUGUUUCUGCUACAGCUUGAUUACUGUAGGUCCAAUAUAAUUGAUCAUUUUAUCUGUGACUCUUCCCCAAUUCUGCAGCUUUCUUGCACAAACACUCACUUUCUAGAGCUCAUGGCGUUCUUUUUAGCUGUGGUAACACUCAUGGUCACCUUAACAUUAGUUAUUCUCUCCUACACAAAUAUCAUCCGGACAAUUCUGAAAAUUCCUUCCACAAAUCAAAGAAAAAAAGCCUUUUCCACUUGUUCCUCCCACAUGAUAGUUGUCUCCCUCUCUUAUGGCAGCUGCAUCUUCAUGUAC